GUGCCCUUUAUUUUCAUUUGUCGUUUAAUGUUAGUCGCGCUUGUUGCCUCGUGAAGUUUGUAUACGUCCGUGCGUGCGUAAACAAAAUUGUGUGUGACCUUAACUUGUGUAGUUUUGUGUUCGAAGUGUGUUCAAAAUGGGGUGUGGAAUAAGUUUUGUGAAAUACGUGCUCUUCUUCUUCAAUCUGAUUGUCGCGCUCCUCGGACUCGCAGUAGUCGGAAUCGGUGUUGCGGUGCUGCUGAACUGGACUGUCUUAAAGAGCGAGCUCGAAGGUCACAUCACGGUCGCACCAUGGGUGUUCAUCGUGAUCGGAGCGAUCAUGUUCGUGAUUGCCUUCUUCGGCUGUUGUGGAGCGAUAAGGGAGAGUCACUGUAUGGUUGUAACGUACGCCGUCUUCCUCUUGGUCAUCAUCAUCGUUCAAGUAGCUCUGGGAGUACUCUUGUUCGCCUACCAGCAGAACUUGAAGGCUGCCCUUGUCAAGUCAGUGGACAAACUGUUCGAUAACGCCAAGAAUGAUGAGGCCUCAAAGACUCUCUUCAGCAACCUCGAGCAACAGUUGGAAUGUUGCGGCAAAUACAGUCCGGCUGAUUACUAUUUGAACGUCCCCAAAAGUUGUUGUACCAAGCUGGGUGUGACUGGAAAACUUCUGGGUGAUACCUGUACGAUCGCUGAUGCCAACUCCACAGGCUGCUCAACUAAAUUGGGAGAGCAAUAUGAGAAGUGGAGUAAGGUCAUCGCUGGCGUUGCUAUUGGUCUGGCCUGUAUUGAGGUGGUCGGAGCUCUUUUCUCGUUGUGCCUCGCGAACUCAAUCAGAAACAUGGACAGAAGGUCUCACUACUAAUAUUUUGUACAUUAGAACUGGUACGCGUAAGCUGGCAACACCACAGAUCAAAUAACGAUAUUUUAACGUACAAUUUUAUAACGAAUCGAAACCCACCUCUCAUUUUCGAAAUUGUUACCAAGUUUUGAGUGUUCAAGUUUGAGGCCGAUUAUAUUUUAACGAGUUAUUUGUAUUAAACCCUUUUUACGCGAGUAAAAUACACUUUUCAAAUGUUUAAACGCGUUAAAUCGUACAAAUAAAGAAUGUUAAUUUACCGCGUUUUAAUCAGGUUAAAGUUCUAUUUAUAAGCAAAAAUGAGUGUAUGACUAGCUUUAUUCGCUCAAUACCUAUGGUAAAAAAUUAUCAAUUUCUUUCUGACGUUUUAAAGAUAUUUUAGUAUAUUUAAAAAUACAAUUUGUAUGUUAGUAUAGUAUAUUUUUAUAUUGACUACCUGACAUAUUUAAAUUUAUCAUUCAAAUUAAGCCCAUGAUUAUUUUAGUUGACCGCUUAACGCGUUAUAUUUAAUUAAGUAAUGUUAAGUUAGUUUGUAUCUCAUGUUACAUAAGGUCUCAUAUUAUCUGAAGUCUAAAAAAUAUAUAUCAUGAAAAAAAGUACUAAAACAAAUUCUAUUACACUUAAACUAGCAUAAACCAUCAUGACACUGUGUCAUCAAAUCAAGUGUCAAAGUAGUUGUCAGUUGUCAUGUUUUAUUAACUUACAGUUUUUAAAUGACUAAAAUCAAACAGCAAAAUAAAAACCUAUGGUAACUAUCUGACUAUACAAAUUUUGUUUGCAAAAUAAGAUCUACAGUCACAAGAUUUAAAAAAAAUUGAGCGUAAGUUGUAAAAGUGUGUUUAUAAUCUUAAUUCCUAGAUCUGUAUCAGAGUCUCCAAAUUAAAAUACCAUGAGGCCUUUAAUGAUUAAGUAUUUUCUAAUAUAUAACAUAUAAGUAAGUAAAUUCUUCUACGUCCAAUUUAUAUUUGUAUGUAAAGUGUUUAUUAAAGUUUGUAUGCAUUUCUGUUUCACGGAUUGUAAAUAUAAAGGGAGCAAAUCUAUCGUUUGAAUCUCUUGUGCAUUUCUAAAGUAACAGCUUUUGUGAAUUUAUUGUAUUUAAUAAAACGAUAAAGAAA